GCCGACCCUCAUUUUUGUUUAUCUUCGAAGUUGCCUGAGCUCCUUUCUUUGCGAUGGCUUUCCGCACAUCAUCUUCAAACUUCCAAGCGAUGAACCAACCAAGCAAGCCAGCUACUAGAAUUAUUAAUAAUAGCUAUCAUAGUUGUACGGUACCGGUACUGUAAAGCUCGAGGGAAGGGGGAAGGGCAGGACAAAGAUUGCCUGAGCUCCUUUGAGUUCAGCCAACGGUACAUCACGUAAAUAGAAACAGGAUGCUCCCAACAAGAAAAUCUGAAGGUCUUGAGCAGCGAACGCUCUUCCCAGUUGCUUUGUUUUGUUGUCAAUAUGAGAUUUCUUACGUCCUUGCUCUUGUCGACUGUGGCCAUCGUCGCUUCCUCUGCAGGACAUCUCGUGGCAUCUGCAGCUCCUGCGACGGCCACUGGCUAUUUGGUGGAUAACCAGUGCGUUGGGCUUUGCAUGGAUGCGGAUCCAGGUGUAGGAUGUACUCCCGAUGGAAGCAAUGUGUUUUACAAUCCGUAUGAUCAUACUGGUUCGUGCCUUCUAUUGCAAGUGUGCGUCGACUCUGGAUAUUCCCUCAUGUCCGAGUUGCCCACUGAAGUAAACGGACGCCACAGUAUUCUGCUCGGUUUGGCUGGUGAUGUCUCUCAGACAGCUGCUGUUACCUACAUCAAGGCAGGUACCAAAGGGGCUUUUCCCACAGUCACUGUUGUCUACGACGAUGAACUAGCACAGCAGGCUUCGGACGGAACUCUACAAGCUCUCAAUGUCAGCAUUGUAGACCCUUGGGACCCAAUUCUUCUCGCGGGCGCCAACGGAACUAGUGCUGCAACUGGUGUCAAUCAUUGGAGUGGAGCUGCCACCACACAGGAAGUCUGUCUCAACUCCACUUCCCCUAAUCUUGCAGCAAACAACUUUUGCUACCGCUCAGAUGUGGUCGUGUCCAUAUCAGGCGACAACAUUGUCAUUGAAAGCAAUGGUUGCCCCGACCAUCCCAAUAUGCAAGGAAGCAACGGAACCAUCCCGCAAAGCGAUCCGAUUUUGCAAGUUUGUGGUGCAGCAGCAAACACCGCAGCCUGUGGAGCAUGUGGUGGUUGUGGCUCUUCUGGUUGUGGCUCUGGUUGUGGCUCUGUUCAUGGCUGUUCGAGUUGUGCAUCAUCUACUGAAGCCUGUUCUUGCAAUCCAUGUUCAGCUUGCGGAAUCUGCCAACCGUACUCUUGUUGUGGGUCCUCUUGUGGGUCCUCUUGUGGGUCCUCUUGUGGGUCCUCUUGUGGGUCCUCUUGUGGAGUGGACGAGACAGUUGUGGUGGCAGCAUCGAAGAACAUUUUCUCUCAUGGUAGAUUCUUGAAUGAAUCAUCCUGUGGCAGCUGUGGUGGAGACUCCUGUGGCAGUUGUGCUGGCACCUGCAAUUCAACCAACUACUGCAGCGCAUGCUCAGGUUGUGGUUCUCAAUGCAGUGCUUCCAAAAACAUGACGGAUUGCUGUGCUGGUUGUGGUUCUGAGUCUGGUUGUUCUGGGGCGUGCAGCUGCAAUUCCUGCGGUGGUUGUGGUUCUUGCGGUUGUGGUUGUGGGGGAUGUGGUAGUGGAGGAUGUGGUUCUUGUGGUUGUGGAGGAUGUGGUUGUGGAUGCGGUGUAGGAAUGACAUCCCACGGACUCUACCAGCCACUGUUCCAACACUACAAAAUGGUGAUCCCCCAGAAUCCAGUUGUUGGAGAACCCACAAUGAUCAAAGACGACGUAGUAGGAAUCUUGUCAAAUGGGGUUCUCCUGGAUAGCCACAAGCAGACCUGGGCUUACGACAGCUGCAAUGGCCACUCGGACAAGAAGCAUCAGUAUCAUUACCACAUCCCACCAAUCUGCUUGCUAGAAUCCAUGGGAGUUGCCUUUGCCGACUCUUCAAGUUGGUGGAUCAAUGAUGAAGGCAAUGCAACUAGACCUUUUGGAGAGCUAGCUUCCCAAUUUCCAGAAAAAGCCCCGCCAAGCCCCAUUGUUGGCUUUGCUCGUGAUGGUCAUCCAAUCUAUGGUCUCUAUGAUUCUGCCGGGACUCUACAACAAAGUGCCGCAUUUGGAGGAACCGUUGAUGAGUGCAAUGGGAAAGUAGACAGCAAUGGUGAAUAUGGGUAUUACUUGACCGUGAACCCCCCAUUUGCUCCCUCCUGUCUGAAGGGUGAGGUUGGCUUGUUUACCUACGCAACAAGUGACCUUGCAUGUCCUAGUGGAGGAAUCCAGAAUACAAUCAAUGUUCCCGCAAGAACAGAAUCGGAUAUUGGCAGUUCUGGAAAUGGAAGCAAAGGAACAGACGGUAACGAGGCUGAUACCGAUGCGUCGAAAGCCACGGUUCCAUCAACAUUUGGCUGUAUCCUUGCACUAUUUUCCCUCUUGGUGUGUUCUCUCAUGUGA